AAUGCAGAGCAGCGGCAGCAGCAGCAGCAGCUCGACUCGACGACCGUCGACCGCUGUCGACCGACGGACGAAGUGGUUCCAUUCGCGGUGAACUCGGCGGCCGGUUUAGUCUUCGCUCGGCAGCAGCACGCGUGACAACGACUUUCUGCGUUUGCAGUCGCGAACCUUUUCCUACAGCUCAGUGUUGUGGAGACGAAUUUUAUCUUAUUACUACUGUAAGGUCGAAGCCUGGCAUCUCUCUGAACGGAAGCAAAAGUUGCUGGGGAUUUUUGUGUUCGGAGUGAUUUCGAACGAUACGGAAGAUUAGGAGGGGGUUGAUUGAUAGUUGGUGACGAAUUUUCCACUCAGCUCCGACGGACGGACGCUGAAGAACGUGAGAAUUGCGGAAGAUCUGAAAGUCAAGGUGCCGUGACUUGGAAGACUGGUGAAACGUGUGAACGUUCGAGUUUGGGGCAGGUGAACAAGUGUCCGAAGAUUUGAAGUUUCUGGAAGAUUUUGGAAGGUCCAGGACCUGUUCGUGAGUGAAUUGUGCCCUCCGAUCUGGAAGAUGUCCCUCCGGGGACGACGGUGCGGGUCUUCACGCGAGUGGGUCACUUUGCCACCGGUGCCAGAAAAUCGAGUACAAUUUGUUAUGUAAAUCAGAUGAUUCUCGCUCGCAGUUUGACGAAGAGGACUGCUUCACGGUGCGACGGCUCUCCAUCUCGGGAACGCGCGAGAUCACACUUUUACUUUGGCUCACAGCGACGCGCGGUCGACAACGAGGACCAAGACCAAGUCGGCGACAUCAGCACGGCAGCAGCAGUGUCUGGUUGUAUCGAGAAGAGCUCUCAUUAAAAGCCGAUUGGAUAUUUUGAGAAAUUAGUGUCGGACGGCUUAUUUCUGUGCAUUAAUUCUGUGUGUUUUGUGUCUGCGGCGGUGAACUGCGCGAAAAACUUAACCGAGUUUUUCCACUACUGUUCCGUUUUUGUCUACCGCGGUAGGUCACGACUUUCGAGGGUAGUUCAUCAACUGCAGUGAAGACCUACUCCGUUGUGGCGGUCACAUACUCACGGUCAACUGGUGCCGGGAACGGAAGAUCCUCGUAUCACGUGAGAACACACGUCUACCGAACGAUACAGUCAGCGGAUCCACAAAAACCGCAGUGUCCUGUGCGGGUGUAUCGAAGUUGUUAUCAGUUUUUGGCGGAUCGGCGUGCCACCGCUGCUGUUCGCGUAAUCAGAUUUAUUCCUCGAAGAAUCGACACAUACACAAGUGGAAGUGAUUUGUGCGCGUCUCUUGCUCUUAUCGGAGAAUCCUCACCCCGUAACGCAUAAGUAGUGUGCUGUGCGAAAUUGCUGUGCAAAUUUCUACCGCGAGGUUGUUUGUUUUUCGCCUGACGAAGAAAAGAUCGAAGAAAGUGGCGCUAGAAAGAAGCGUUGACCGAAAGGGGUUCGCCAAAGCGCGGCCGCUAAUCAUCAUCCCGUCGCGUCGGUCGCUGCGGUGAGAUAGUGCGGCAGUCGGUGUGUGAUUCGUACUUAAUUGCACGAGGAGAAGAGAAUUCCUUAUCAGUGGUGGAAAUAGCGCACCUUGCACCUCGCGGCGUGUGCUACCAGACGUUGUUCGGUGGUUUGCGUAUUCGUCGAAUAUGCGUACAGGGGCGCCCAGCGUGGUUUGAUUAGUGGAUGGUAGUGUAGCUAGGUUCGGCAACAUUGUUGGGCGAAGAAACGCUUACACAGCGUGAAGAGUGAUGACGAUCGACUAUCGAGGACAACGCUGUUGGCGCUAUGAAUGGACGGCGAUGAUGUGCAGAAAUGUGAUGAAGAAAGGUCGCAAGUGCGAACUUUAAACGAACCUCGUGCUAGACAGCAGACGACACAUCGCAUCGGAACGAAAUCUCGUUGCUUGAAGUGCCCAACUUAGUGCUGUGAGAGAGUGCCCAACUUUCCUCGCCUCAGAUCUUACUUAAACCACGAGGAGAAGCAAUUGCAAGGGGUCAGGGAAAAGUAGAAGAAGAAAAAUCCCAAUCUAUUUGAAGGAAUGUUGUUGCCUCGUGUCAGUGUCAGAAGGUGAUGGGCGACGGCGACGACGACGGGAGUGAAAACCCAGGCUGAAGUGUUGCGUUGCUCCCUCGGCGGAAUCGGAAGUGUAUACUCAGAAUUGGUGUCAGUCGGCUAAAAGCGUCGCGGCGUCGCAGAAUAUAGUUUGGUUGAGAGUUUUUUUUUUUCGAAGUGAGAAGGGCGGGAGUUGGGCGACGACGGGUUGAAUAUUCUGAGUGAGUGAGAGCCAUGGGCGGUCAACGACUGGGGACGUAUCUGCCGUACUACCGUAAGCGUGAAAACCAAGUGCUUCCCGAUCGACAUCAGCAGUCCGGGUUGAUGAUAACCUGAAGAGGCGCCAAGAAGAGGGGGGUGAAAUUGGAGUUUAAAUUUAUUGUUUUGCGGAGAAGACCGACUUGUUAGUUUUCGGGGAUAGGCGUCAACAAGUGUCCAUUUGUUGAUGAUCAGUGGAAGACUUCGACGGAGGGCCCUGGCCCUGCUGGGAGCCCUCCUACUGGUCAUUCUGAUAUGGCCUCCAUGCUGUGCGACGAUGCCGAAACCACUGCCGGCCGUGCUGCCAACCGUCCCAGAGAUCGACCUGCCCUCGGACCCUGUGCCCGCGGUUUCCAUCGCCAGUCCCAUCCAGCACCAUCAGCAGCAGUCGAGUGCCAACAAGAGCCGCAAAGUGAGCGAACUCAGUCGCUUCAUGAACGUACUUCUGGUGGGGAACUACGACGACGAUCGGGGUGACACCGGCGAAAGUGAACAGCGACGCAGCUCUACGCAAACCGGUGACAACCGCCGUGUCAGUAGUGCGAGCUCAAGCGACGACCAAAACCGAACAACGCUAAAUUUACGACGGCCUGAAAAUAACACCGCAGGUUAUUCAAUUGAGCAGUCGAUCGAUAAAAAUAAAUCAAAUGUACAACAAACCGCAGACUAUGUAGCUGCCGUGCGCCCAAUACAGUUAGAUAACAUAGACCACGACAGCCCAACCACUGCAUCUGGGAUGCUCACGACUAAACCUUAUCACACCAACCAGAUAACGCACAGCCCUACCAUUUACAGCAUUCUGUUCCGCAGAACAGCUCCCCCGCCAGCAGCGUCAUCACCGCCGGUGGCGUCAGCAGUUCCCCAAGUUCGCAGCGUCGUCCCCACCAGUGAACCUGCGGUGCGUAGUCAAAACGAGGUCAUCGACCGCGGCAGCGGCGACGACGACCCAAACGCCGUCAAUCAAUCAGUAUUCAAUCCCACCGAUGCUGCUGCUGCUGCCGCUGCUGAUGCGUUCAUCUCCGACAUCUCGGCCGAAGUGGAUGACGACCACCGAAGCCGAUCGCCGUCGUGGCCAGUUCUGUCGAGGGUCGGCCGGAGUGCCGGCUCCUCGCCCCAUCCGCACCGGCAUCAGCACUAUCUCUCAGGUAAUGGAACCCUAAUGGCACCCGGUCGGGGUCGAGGGGUAGCGGCGGCAGGACGACACCUUCAUCAUCAUCAGCCACAUCAGAAUCAGCAUCGGAAUGGGACGGGGGGCAUUGGCGGUGGCGGUGCUAGUGCUAGUGAUUCGUCCAAUCUAGAGCGCAACGAACGAUCGGCGAAUCUGUCGCACAUUACCGGCGCGAACCGCAAGAUUCAGCUCUACAUCAAGAACCGAUACCUACAGCUGCUCGCCGACGGGACCGUCAAUGGGACGCACGACGAUCAGAGCGAUUUCAGUAAGUAG